AUGAAAUUGGGGGCGUGUCAGUCGCGAAGGUGUUCGUCCAGAAAUCCCUUUGUGCUGGCGGUUUAUGGCGCGGUGGGUAGCGGCAAAGACCACCUGGUAUGGGGGACGGAUGCUUCUGCGGAUAACGUACCUGUUCCGGCGUCGCACGAGCUGUUGGCGCAGAACACGGCUGCGUGGAGUGAACCCGUGAGUGGAGUUACGACAGGCGGAAUUAUGACGGGUGUAGCCGCGGUGGUGUUGAAUGAUGCGAACGUGUGCGACCACGUGUUGGAUAUGGAAUCCGACUUUGACAUGGAAGCUCCGUUGGGUGAUGGGUGUCCCUCGGUGGGUUCCUCGACGGUUAUCCAUGGAUGGUGGGAGGACCGUCUUUCCCAGCAGGAGUUGGCGGUUCGAGAGAUUGUUCGGUGGCUGCGAGGCGCGUGCUAUCGGUACGAGGAGUGUCAGGAGAUUCCGUGGCGUCUCCGCGAGGUUCCGGCAGGGGGGACGAGGAAUCUCGAGUCGGUGAACGACAUGCCACUUAGAACCUUGAUGGAGGGAAUGCUGCCGCCCGCGUUGUGGGAAGGUUUGAAAUGCUUCCCAUCAGCUUCGCUGCAAACGUGCAACGGUGAGUACCUGAGCAGGGCCUUCACGCUUGCUUCGUACGUCUCCUGCCCGGCCGGUGACAUCGUGCCGAACACGAAGACGGAGCUCAUCACCAAGUUCAGGGCAGAACUAGACCGCGAUGCCUUCGAUGUGCCGCAAGCUCUGGAACGCGAGUUCAUGGAGGCCUGGAUUACGGGUUGCCUCCUACAAUGGACUGGAGUUUACACGGAAGCCCUCGACCACUUUUGCGAAACUCUCCGACAUCACUACCCUCAACUGAAGGGGCUGAAAUGGGACUUCAAAACCCAGCUGCAGUUUGCGGAUAGGCUCGACUCGUCCGUGAACCGAACUGUCGCACCACGCCCUUCCGCCGAAAUCGACUUGCCAAGGUUCGCUCGGCUCUUCAAAUGGAGAGAACUGCUCGAAGUGAAUCCUAAAAGUCUUGAUGAGAGCAGUGGGAGCCUUGCGGGAACCUUCGGGAAUGCUUCUGAGAGCAGCAGCGCUUCGACGGCCACCUCGACCGCCGAGACGUAUGGGGCUCCCACCGCCCGUGGUACUCCCACCGCCCAUGGGGCUCCCAGCGCCCGUGGGGCUCCCACCACCUAUAGGGCGCCCACCACCCAUAGGGCGCCCACCAUCUACAGGGCUCCCACUGCGGUGUAUGAUAUCCCUCCAUCCUCUUUGGUCCCUGGAGCCUUUGCCGUCACGGGGUCGUAUGGGCCUGGUGGAGUUCCGGCGACCUUCGGGAAUGUUUCUGAGGCCAGCGGCGCUUCGAUGGCCACGGGUACCGCCGAGACAUAUGAACCGAUCUAUGAGACUGUUGGAUCGGCGGGAAGAUCUGCGGUGUAUGAAAUUGACGCCUUUGGAUCCGCUGACCUGUAUGGGGCCCCCGUGACUUUCGGGGCGCCGACCGCGGCGAUAGUGAGCGAUGAUAAAAAGACUACACGGCUGGCCAGGAAGGCCUCGACGGUGACUGCUGCGCGAGCGAAGCAGCAAAGUACUCUGGAGUUCGUGGACGCGGGCAAGGCCCACAAACGAAGGUUGGCAGGCGUGCCCCCGCAAACGGAGACCGGGCAGUCGUCACCCUCUGCCCACUUGUAG